UUGUUGUUUUGGCGCAAACCGGAAACCGCCACAACUGUCCAUCCUGUGAGGAGCUGAAGACGAAGCUAAGAAUGGAUCCCGGUGAUUUGUGAUUUAUUUUAAACCCGAAACAUCCGCAGGAGCGAGUUCAUGAAUCAGGAUCUGAACGUUUUUACUCGCGAACGCGGACAAACGUUGAAGAAGAGGCCGCGCAGGGAUGUUAGCGGUGCUGCGGCUAACAGGGGCUAGCACCAGGGUUAGCAGCAGUGUUAGCAUCAGUGUUAGCAUCACGGACGUUGUGUUUUCAGUCUGAAUAAAUCCGCGUUAAAGUUGUUUUGUUUUUUUUAAUCCACUUUUUGUUCUAAAUGGACGAACACAAAGAAAACAUCAACACCAAGGACGUGAACGUGAAGAUGUCCGCGACGAGAGAAGAAGACGAAGAAGAAGAAAAGACCAAGUCCUGCAGCAGGAUAUGUCCCGCAGCGGAGUCUGAUGCUCAGGCGUCUCAGUCCAACAGUGACUUCAGUCAUCCGGUCUACAAGGAGAUCGCCGUGGCCAACGGACACAUCAACCGCAUGUCCAAGGACGAGCUGCGGAUCAAGCUGUCUGAGCUGAAGCUCGACACGAGAGGAGUGAAGGAUGUGAUGAAGAAGAGGUUGAAGAGCCACUAUAAGAAGCAGAAGCUGCUGCAGUCCACCACCGAGGGGGGGCCCACCGACACCUACUACGACUACAUCUGCGUGGUCGACUUUGAGGCGACGUGCGAGGAAGACAAUCCGCCAGACUUCCUCCAUGAAAUCAUCGAGUUCCCGAUGGUCCUCGUCAGCACACACACGCUAGAAAUUGUCGACAGCUUUCAGGAAUAUGUGAAGCCCGAGUUGAACCCGCAGCUUUCAGACUUUUGUGUGAAGUUAACAGGAAUAACACAGAAAAUGGUCGACGACGCAGCCCCGUUCCCAGAGGUUCUCCAGCGAGUCGUAGCCUGGCUGCAGGAGAGAGAACUGGGAACCAAGUACAAAUAUGCCAUCUUGACUGACGGCGCCUGGGACAUGAGCAAGUUCCUCAACAUCCAGUGUCGUCUGAGCGACAUCAGAUAUCCUCAGUUUGCAAAGAAGUGGAUAAACAUAAGGAAAUCGUACGGCAACUUCUACAAGGUCCCCCGCACACAGACGAAGCUGAGCACCAUGCUGGAGAAGCUGGGCCUGAAGUACGAAGGUCGCCCUCACUCCGGCCUGGACGACUCGCGCAACAUCUCCCGGAUCGCGCUGCGCAUGCUGAAGGACGGCUGCCAGCUGCGCGUCAACGAGCGAAUGCACGCCGGCCAGCUGCUGUCGGUCCCCAGCACGGAUCCCGUGGAGGGAGCCCCCCCGCCGCACAGCCCCCGCAGCAGAGAGUAGCGCCACUGUUUGUCUCCACUCCCCCCCCACCCACGAGUUUAAAACAAGAAUCCAAAGCACUUUACAGAAUUCAUGUAAAGGUUUUAUUUUGGAGUUCAGUGACGGGGGAUGUGAGUUUGAUAUUAUUUAGUUAUUUUAAGACUGUGCAGGUCUUUGAUUUAACAAGUGAGUGUUUCUCUCUCAUCACAUCUGCAUCUGUUUUAACGCCACAUGUGUGAGGUCAUUCCGCUGCGUUGUGGGAGGAGCUUCCUCCACAGCUUCAGUCUCGUCAGUGUUAAAUCUGCCUCGCCGCCUUGUCAAGCUGCUAAAAACCAUCCACACGGAUUCAAACCCAUUUCAUUUCUCCCUUGAUUGUGAGGAUUUAGUAUUUUUUUUUUACCCGGGUUUGUUCCCAAGAAGAAACGGUCUAUUUUAUUUUUGAGGCAAUAAAAUACAAAAACAUCAGUUGGUGUUUAUCAUAUUUUCUUUAUCUCUGUGCCUGUUGUGUUCUAAACAUGAAAUCUACACAAAUGCUGCUCCGCUGUGUUGUGUGAAGAGCGGCAGACGCACAACGCACAACCACGUUUCCACAGAGAGUCGAGGGUUUGAAAACGCUGUUGCUGACUUUCACCGUCUGUGUCGAGAUCCUGAAACUGUCACCUGUCGAACUGAUGAACAGCUGAGUGAGUCCAUUGUGAGUUCCGUUGUGAGUUCAGCCCGUGUUGUAGGAUCGCGUCACCUUUUGUAUGGAAUUAAUGUGUAUUUCAUGGAGCCUGAUCUAUUUUAACAGGAAUAAAUAUUCUUCUGAAUGCAA